AUGGAAUCCAAUAAAAUAGCUGCUGGCAACCACUGCCCCUCAGACUCUGCUACAGGGGGCGAGACCAAAGCCCCCCAGAGGACUGAGCUCAUUCCCCGGAGAACUGUCAGUCGUUCUCCAACCUGUGCCCGCUGCCGCAACCAUGGUGUCACUGCCCACCUCAAGGGACACAAGCGUCUCUGCCUCUUCCAGGCUUGCGAGUGUCACAAGUGUGUCCUUAUCUUGGAGCGCCGAAGGGUCAUGGCUGCCCAGGUGGCCUUACGUAGGCAGCAGGAGGCACAGUUGGCUCAGGGACUGAUGAGAGGGGCAACCCCUGCCAAAGCUCUCAGCCGGGUCAAGAAGGAAGCUGUUCGACCAGUCGUUCUCCCUUCUGGGAAGGAGAACAUAGCACCCCAGCCUCAGGCCUCCCAUGGGGCAAUCCCACUGGCCUUGACACCCCCUGGGAAGGAAAACUCCCAUGGGCCUCUGCUCCUCAGCCGUCCCCCAGAAGCCUUUCCUUCGCCCUGGACUCCUCUACCUCCAGGCCCUUGGGCUCCUGGGCACUGGCUACCUCCAAGCCUGUCCAUGCCACCCCCAGUGGUGUGCCGCUUGCUUUGCCAAGAAUCUGCUGUCCCUCUGCAUCCUUUCCCUGGCUUUGACUCUGGCACCUCACUCCGCCUGCCCACUCAUGGGCCCCUUCCAACCUGCUCAGGACCUCGCCCAAUUUUGACAGCUCCUUUUUCUGGAGAGCCCCAAGGGCCCCCUGGCCUACCCCGCACAUGCUCAACUCUGAUCCUCCAGCCCUGUGGCACCCCAGACCCUCUUCUGCUGCAGCCCCAGGUCCCUGGAGCCUCUCACCUAGCCUGGACAUCGGCCCCAUCAGAACGGCAGCUUCAGAGGGAGGCAGCUGAGGCCCUUGUGGGGCUGAAAGAUUCAUCCCAGGCUCCUCGACUAACCACUUCUGUCCCCUCCAACCCUGCCUGGAUCUCCCUGCUCCACCCCUGUGGUCCAGCAGCUCCUGUUGGAGGAAGAGGCUUCCAGCCUGUUGGCCCCUCGCUCAGACCCAACCCAGCCCCCUCUGUUGCUCUGCAUAUUGGGCAUCUAGGGUCUAUCUCUCUCCUGAGCUAG